AUGGAGUGGGGCUCGCAGUCGGCGGCCGUGAGGCGGCUCCGCGUCGGCGGGGAGCGCCGAGGGAUCCCGGCUGUCCCGGAGCAGGAGGAGCGGGAGGCCUCGGGGCAGGGGCCGCUCCUCGGCGCGAGCGCCCGGGACUGGACGCGGAAGGGGAGCGACGGCGGCCGGGCCGCGGGGUCCGGGCUGUCGGAGGCGCGCGCCGCGCUCGCGCUCCUUCUCUACCUGCUUGGGCUCCGGCUGCUCGUGCAGCUCUCCCUGCGGCAGCUCGUGCUGCCCUCCUCCUCGGGGCUCCGCCCGGAGUUCAGCGCGCACCGAGCCCGGAAUUAUCUUGAACAUAUAACUUCUAUUGGUCCCAGAACUACAGGAAGCCUAGAAAAUGAAGUUCUCACAGUUAACUACCUCUUGGAGCAGAUUAAACUGAUCAAAGCUGAAAGCAGCAGCAUUCACAACAUUUCAGUAGAUGUGCAACGACCAACAGGGUCCUUCAGCAUUGACUUCUUAGGAGGAUUUACUAGCUAUUAUGAUAACAUAACCAAUGUUGUAGUAAAGCUGGAACCUAACAAUGGAGCACAGCAUGCAGUGCUGUGCAAUUGUCAUUUUGACUCAGUAGCAAAUUCUCCAGGUGCCAGUGAUGAUGCAGUUAGCUGUUCAGUGAUGCUCGAAAUCUUACGAGUUUUGUCAACAUCAUCAGAAGCCCUACAGCAUGCUGUCAUAUUCCUCUUUAAUGGAGCUGAAGAAAAUGUCUUGCAAGCCAGUCAUGGCUUCAUUACUCAGCAUCCCUGGGCUAACUUGAUUCGUGCAUUUAUUAACUUGGAAGCAGCCGGUGUUGGAGGAAAAGAGCUUGUAUUCCAGACAGGUCCUGAAAAUCCUUGGUUGGUCCAAGCAUAUGUUUUAGCAGCAAAGCACCCUUUUGCCUCAGUGGUAGCUCAGGAGGUUUUUCAAAGUGGAAUUAUUCCUUCAGAUACAGACUUUCGUAUCUACAGGGAUUUUGGCAGCAUUCCAGGAAUAGACUUGGCUUUUAUUGAGAAUGGCUACAUUUAUCAUACCAAGUAUGAUACAUCAGACAGAAUUCUCACUGAUUCGAUUCAGAGAGCAGGUGACAACAUUUUAGCUGUGCUUAAAUAUUUAGCUACAUCUGAUAGGCUGGCUUCUUCCUUUGAGUAUCGACAUGGAAACAUGGUCUUUUUUGAUGUGCUUGGCUUGUUUGUCAUAGCCUAUCCAGCUCGUGUUGGCUCAAUAAUUAACUACAUGGUGGUAGUAGCUGUUGUCUUAUAUUUGGGCAAAAAAUUCUUGAAGCCCAAACAGAAGGCUGCUAACUACACAAAGGAUUUCUUCUGUGGGCUUGGCAUCACACUGAUAAGUUGGUUUACCAGCUUAGUUACUGUUCUUAUUAUAGCAGUGUUUAUUUCUCUUAUUGGACAGUCUCUUUCAUGGUAUAACCACUUUUACGUCUCAGUCUGUCUAUAUGGGACCGCAGCUGUGGCUAAGAUAACACUUGUGCACACACUUGCAAAAAGAUUCUAUUAUGUGCACACAAGUGAACAAUACCUGGGAGAGGUGUUUUUUGACAUCUCUCUGUUCGUGCAUUGUGGUUCUCUUCUUCUGCUCACUUCGCAAGGACUGUGUUCUGCAUUUAUUAGUGCUAUCUGGGUGGUGUUCCCGUUGAUCACAAAGCUGCUUGUCAAUAAAGAAUUCAAGCAAAAUGGUGCCAAAGGAAGAUUUAUCAUGAUUUACCUUCUGGGCAUGUUUAUUCCAUAUCUUUAUGCACUGUACCUCAUUUGGGCAGUGUUUGAAAUGUUUACACCCAUCUUAGGAAGAAGUGGUUCAGAAAUCCCACCUGAUGUUGUGUUGGCUUCCAUUCUGGCUCUCUGUGCAAUGAUCUUGUCUUCCUAUUUUAUGACUUUCAUCUACCUUGCCAAGAACACAAAGGUGACAGUAUUUGCUUUGGCUUCAGUAUGUGCAGUUACAUUCCUUCUUGUUUGCAGUGGCAUCUUCUUUCCAUAUAGUGCUGAUCCUGUUAAUCCAAAGCCCAAGAGAGUCUUUCUUCAGCAUGUAACUAGAACAUUUCAUGGCUUGGAUGGAAGUGUAGUGAAGAGAGACUCUGGAAUAUGGAUUAAUGGAUUUGAUUACACUGGAAUGUCUCACAUCACUCCUCAUAUCCCUGAGAUCAAUGACACCAUCAGAGCCCCCUGUGAGGAGGCAGCUCCCCUCUGUGGUUUCCCUUGGUAUCUUCCAGUGCACUUUUUAAUCAGGAAAAACUGGUAUCUUCCUGCACCCGAAGUUUCUCCCAGAAAGCCCACUCAAUUUAGGCUUAUAUCCAAAGAACAAACACCCUGGGAGUUGUCUAUGAAGUUAACUUUUGAAGUAACAGGGCCUAGUCACAUGUCAUUCUAUGUCCGAACACAUGAAGGGUCAACACUUUCCCAAUGGUCUCUUGGCAAUGGUACACCAAUUACCAGUAAAGGAGGAGAUUAUUUUGUAUUUUAUUCUCAUGGACUACAAGCUUCUCCCUGGCAAUUCUGGAUAGAUGUGCAGGUCUCAGAAGAACAUCUUGAAGAAAUGGUCACUGUGGCUAUAGCUGGUCAUUACUUUUCUGGAGAGGACAAGGGGUCUCCCCAGCUGGAUGCCUUGAAGGACAGGUUCCCAGACUGGACAUUUCCUUCUGGUUGGGUUUGUACCUACGACUUAUAUGUAUUUUAGUCUCCUUUGUCAGGUUGUAGGAACAUGGCUAGUGCCAUACUCCAUUCCUGUGCAACACGGACUUUUACCAUAGAAAGGUAGUUGGCUUGAUUCAGCAGUUAUUUUCAGGAGUGCUCUGUUGCUUUCAAGUGUGGUAUGGAAGCUGAACUUCUUAAAAAUUGGGAGGAGAGCCCCUCUUGACAACUAAUGGUUUUGCUUUUCCUUGCUUCAGCUGGAAGAGAGGCUGGGAAAAAGCUUCAAGCAGCAGAACACUAGAUGGUAUGUUGGGGUAUGGCCUUUUUAAUUCUUGAAAAUGCCAGGGAGUGAAGCCCAUGUGGGUAUUGCCAUUUGUAAGGCUGUCUCAUCUUAUGUGACCUUUUUAAAAAAAAAAAAGGGAAAAAAACACUACUCUGUAAAAUUUUCCCUCAGGAUCAUGUAGAAAUUAAAUGAUGUCGAAUUAGUGUUAUGGAGGGAAAUAGCAUUUCUCAUUUAAAGCCAUAGAGCAUUUUUGUGUUGUUCAGUGGGUAGAACAACAUAUGAAGUAGUGAUUCUAAUUAGAACUGGGCUGCAUAGGGGAUAAUAUGAUUGUGUGAAGAGUUGGAACUGAACAGAUGAUCUCUCAAAGUCUCUUUCUAGCUCUAAUGAACUAGAAUUCUUAAACUGAAGAGUGCCCAUGCAUUACUGCACUUGGAAUAUUCACCAAUAUUGGGAAUUGCAUGCCAGUGUCUUGGAUCACCAUUGUGUAUCUUGGCUUUGGUGUUUUCAAUGCCUUAUAUUCUCCUAGAAAUCUGCGUACUUGCUCUUUAGGGAAUGGAGAAGCCAGAUUUUCCUUUGGAUUCUCACAGGCCUUUCUUUUCAAAGUACUGUUAGUACUGGGUCCAGACAGAGAGAGAUGCAAGAUGAUCCUGACUUCCUGCAUCAGAGCACUGAGCUGCCACUUCGGCCUUUUUUUUAAAAGUGUGGUUGAAUAUUUUAGAAAUAUUUAUUCUGAUUUCUUUAUUACUUAGGAUUCGUUAUUUUUUUGGGUUAUUUCUGCAUCUUUUAGAUAUUUAUUUAUGCAGAAGACACUGCACUGGGUUCAUGUCGCAUUCUACAGUAUGAUUAUUUCUAUAAACCCAUUUCUUUAUUGUUUAGCGUGACUAGUUUACCUUGAGUUUGAAGAUGUGUUUUAGUUAGAUUGGACACCUGAACAUACAGUGAAAGUGUGGUAAUGCCCAGGAAUUUGGUAUUUGAUUUGUGACGUUUUUUCAUUUUGAAAAGUUUUUUAUAUAGCUUCUUAUAGGUGGCUUUCCAGCAGGAGAAAUGCCAUCAUAUGGAUAGUAAACUCUACUGGAUUUUCUUUAAUUAAAAAUAAAAUAAGAGGGUACAUAGACAUACUUGUUGAGCUUCAACAAGUACACAGAACCAUAGACUAAAAAUUCAUUUGUUUUAUUAAGAUAAAGUAGAUGAGGCCCCUUGAUUAGAGAUGAUAAACAAAUAAGUGUCUACCUCUCUGAAAUGAGCACAAUCUAUUGAAUAUAUUCAAUAUAUUGAAGUGGGAGGAAGGUGGAGAGAAAGGGUGAUCUGUUUUCACAAUCUGAGGACCAUAGAAUAGGAUAGUUUGCUUAAACCUUCUCUGUAAGUUGCCUAAUAUGUGGCUCAUUCAAACUAAAGUGGAUUCUGUAGACUGCAGACAGCAUGACUACCUGAAUGCUAGGUGCCACAAGGCCUAUCUUAUUGCAGCAUUGCUUUCAGGAAGCUUAGCUUUUUCAGAGACACCACACUUUCCAUUCAUAACCCACUUCAAAGGGCUGCAGAGUCUGCGUCUGGCUACCACUAGGCCUUUUGAUGAUAGUUCAUUUCUGAUUUUGUGUUGCUGAAGGUUUGAGGUAUUUGGGUACAGCUGUUGUAGAUAAUUCUAUCCCACUGUUAUGAAAAGGAGAUGGAUAGAACAGAGAUUCUCUAGAAAUUGCUAAAUAGGUGCAGAUUUUCUGUUCUUGUGCCUAACCUGAAAUCUGAAAUAAUUAGAUUUAUUAUUAGGAAUAGAUAUAACUGUCCUAGAAAGAAAAGUAAUAUUUCCCCAGUGAGUUUUUCCUGGAUAAGGAGGGAUGCUGCUACUCACUUUUGAUGAUAAUCAUGAUUUUCUUCUUUACUUUUUAGAAUAUUUGUCCUUUUAAAAAAAAUAGUCUGCAUUUAAUUGGGUUGAUCAUUAUGAAGUUUGGCUGUCAUAGGACUUGGGCUUUCCAGGUGGUUAGUACAGAGAUACCCACUAGUCUAUUGGAAUGUCAACGCAAAGAUUCCAUUUACACAUUAUAUGCCAGAAAUGUUCAAAUAAAUAAAACACUCAGAGCUAUUUAAUAAGCACAUUGAGCUGUUCUUGUCACAUCAGUAGCAUCUGGAAUAAAUGAGCUCAUAUUUUUUAGAGCCUCUGACAAGAUCAGUGACUCAUUUUGAAAAAGGUCUUUUAAAAUCAUAACAAAUGUUCCAUUUUAUACAGCAUCUUAGCUGUAAGUAGCACAAUGUUUGGGGAAAGUGUGAAGAAGGCUGACUUAGUUGUUUCUGAAUUUUACAUUGUGCCUCUGACUUUAAGAAUGGUUGUCACAUGCAGUUUCCUGUUGUCACAGUUUAACAAAUGUAAAUAAGCAUGCUAUUAACCCUUAAAAUGUUACCACUGGAGCAAUAAUUGUGUGCAUAUUUGAGGAAUAGAUAGCCAGCUUGUUGACUCAGGAAGUCUUCUUUAUAAAAAUAAACACACAAAUUGUGUGUAUGUACGUACAUAUGCGUGCACACGUGCACAGACACACACGCACACACACAAUUGUUAAUUUGAAUUGCCUGGUUUGUUUUGGAUUAUUGAAGAUUUACUUGCUGCCUUAUGUGACUUAAACUUUUUAACAUCCGGCUUUCUUUUUAUAUGGAAACAUUGUUCAGCCUCUGAAAUUCUCCCUAAUUCCUUUCUCUUCCAUUCAAGGGUUGCGUAAGUUUUUAAAAAUCUGUUUUGUUUGUAAAAUUGCAAUUAAAAUACAAUUAUGAUUGCUCUUUAAGAUGAAUGAUAUGACCAAAGAAUACAACAUUUUAACUGGAAUGUGUAUUAUGGUAAGACUUCUGCCUUUGAUUGAAACUGUCCAUCUCAGCUUCAUAGAAAUUAGUCAAGUUCUUUGGGAGUUGCUAGUUGCUCAGCUGCAGAGGAUUGGAGGGGAUUGCUACUGUUAAAUCAUCAACAUUUGAAGUGUUAAUACAUUUUUUAAAAUAAAGAGAUAGUAAAAAUGAGUUGAGGCUCAACUAGUCAACCAUGUUGUAUUCCUUUUCUCUUUUAUCGUCCUACCUUUUGCCAUCCACUCUUGAUCUAGAAACCCUCCCAAGUUUUUCCUUACUGUAUGUGGCUUUUAACCUUAACCUGUCAUUAAAAGUUGAAGCAAUUAA